AUGUCGAGAAGAACGGUCUUCACAACACUUACUCCUUUGCCUUCAGGAAUCGGUCGUGACGUGGUCAUGGAAACACUGAGAAGCCACACGGAGAUGAUAGAUCUGAAUCCCCUCGUCAUAGAGAGACAUCCGAUCAAGCCACCGCCAAAUGCGACCCCCGAGGAGUACCAUUGCGACUGGUACUCAUUGACGGACCGCGUCCAGUAUCUUCCUGGGGGAUUAGCAUCGGGCCAAGUUACCUAUACAUGUUGCUUUCACGACCUGAAAGAUGGGUUGCAGACGCACUGCUAUGCGCCGAUGGGACUGGACAUAAAAGGGAAAUGGACUCUUGGAGGAUCACUUCCUGGUGAACCUAUCGCACCGGUGGAACUUGGGUUAGGAGCGCCUUUGCAGGGACUGUGGUUACGAGAGGACGUGGAUAUGCGUUGCAAUAUCAUGAUGGGUGGGUUUGUGAAGAAGACGCUUAAGAAGGCCCAUUCGUCGCUCGUUGGACGUCUGUUAGUGAAGUCGCAAAUCCAGGAAGAAGCUGCCAAAACCGGUGCCCUGAAGGAGCACACCCUCAGUGACUCUUAUACCGACUCCCACGCAUCCACCGAAUACACCUCGAGCGAUAAUGGCUCACAAAGCAUGGCGGGCGGCUGGAAGCCCCAAGACAAUGCACUUUCCGGGUCGCAAAAGUCUCCAAUAUUUCCCCUCCAGAGCAUCUCCAGCUACCGCCCCGAUCAGUCAGGCUCGCGGACUAGCUAUGAAAGCAAAUUACAUCCCACAGCGCUUAAUAUACGGAAGUCGGGCAGUUCAGGCGCAUCGCAGAAAAGCUCAUAUUCAGGCCCAGAAGUCGCAAGUCAACAGCCAGGAAACAGAGGAUCAGAGCAGAUUUUGAGUUCUAGCCAAAGUCCUCGCACGGAAACCGUCGAAGCGGCCUACCUACCAUCUAGUACAAGUCGACAAUCACAAUCACAGCGUCAUACUGAGCUGCUGACACAACACGCACAGGAUGAAAGGCAAAUUUCGCCGAUGUAUGGACAAGGACAAGGACAAGGGCAGGGUUGGAACCAGGCUCAGAAAUCCCCGCAUGGGCUUGCGGAGCUGGAGUAA